AUGUCGAAGGGAUACUUCGAGCUGGCUGGUCGCCAGUUCCCCAGGAAGACAUGGUAUAGGGAUCCUGCUCUAAGGAGGACAUACAUCUGCCUCAUGUUCGUCGUCCUCACCAGUGCCACCAAUGGCUACGACGGUUCCAUGAUGAACGGUCUUCAGUCUCUUCAGCCAUGGCAGGAGCAUUUCAACCAUCCCAAGGGUGGCAAGAUCGGGAUCCUGAACGCCAUCAUGUCCAUCGGUUCUCUGGCCGCCAUCCCCUUUGUCCCCUACGCCGCCGAUUACCUCGGCCGCCGCAUGGCUAUCUUGACCGGCUGCAUCAUCAUGAUGGUCGGUGUCGUCCUGCAAUCCAUCUCGGCCGGCUUUGGCAUGUUCUUGGGCGCCCGGUUCCUCCUCGGUUUCGGCGUCGCCAUUGCCCACGGUGCUUCGCCUCUGCUUAUCACCGAGUUGGUGCACCCUCAACACCGUGCCAUCUUCACCACCAUCUACAACACGACCUGGUAUGCCGGAUCCAUUGUUGCCGCCUGGUUGACCUACGGAACCGACCACAUCAACAACAACUGGUCAUGGCGCAUCCCGACCAUCGUCCAGGCAGCUCCCUCCAUCAUCCAGGUGGUUUUCAUCUGGUUCGUCCCUGAAUCGCCUCGCUGGUUCAUCGCACACGGCAAGGAAGAGAAAGGUCUCAACAUCCUUUUCGACGUCCAUGCCAACGGCGACCGCAACGACGAGAUGGUCCAGCUCGAGUUCGUUGAGAUCCGCGACACCCUCACGCUCGAGAAGGAGAUCGAGGGCAACCAAUGGCUCGAACUCAUCAAGACCAAGGGCAACCGCCGCAGACUCAUCAUUUUGUUGUCUGCCGGUCUCUUCUCGCAAUGGUCUGGCAACGGCCUGGUCUCGUACUACAUCACCAAAAUCCUCACCAACAUCGGCUACACGGACACGCUGACCCAGAACCUGAUCAACGGCGUUCUCCAGAUCUUCAACCUCCUCAUCGCCGUCGGCGCCUGCUUCUUCGUCGACAAGGUCGGUCGCCGCAGGCUCUUCCUCAUCUCCACCACGGGCAUGUUGGUGACCUUCAUCGUGUGGACCAUCUGCUCGGCGCGCUACGCCAUCAACGGCUCCCGAGGCGCCGCCAACGCCGUCGUCGGCAUGAUCUACAUUUACUACUUCUGGUACAACAUUGCCUGGUCCGGCAUGUUGGUCGGCUACUGCGCGGAAAUCCUGCCCUACAACAUCCGCGCCAAGGGUCUGACCGUCAUGUUCUUGAUGGUCGACGUGGCGCUCUUCUUCAACCAGUACAUCAACCCCAUCGCUCUGGACGGCAUCGGCUGGAAGUACUACAUCUUCUACUGCGUGUGGCUCGGCUUCGAGCUCGCCAUCGUCUACUUCUUCUACGUCGAGACCCGCAACACGCCCCUCGAGGAAAUCGCCAAGCACUUCGACGGCGACCAGGCCUUGGUUGCCGGCGCCGCUGCCUCCAACAAGGGGCUCACCUUGGCCGCUGAGAUGGGCUUGGACGCCACAGUCACCCAGCGCCACGAGCUCGAGGAGAAGCGAAACUCUGUGCAGGUGGAGAACGCUGCCCGUACCAAGAGCGAGCUGUAG